AUGAGUGUUGCCCCCCCGGCGGCGCUGGAUGUGUACCGCGAGAUAUUGUUUGCCGGCUUCCCGCAGCAGACGCGGUGGGCCGCAUUCCCCGCGGCGUACGUGAAGAGUUUCUUCAGCCACUACGGCGAGGUGCAACACUUUGUGUUUGAUGCGGACCGCGGCAUCGGCAGCGUGACAUUUACCCGCGGUGACGUCGCGCUGGGCUGCUACCUCGCGGUGCACCUCACCCUUCUGCCACCGCCGGCCGGGCGUGACGCCGGCAGCGUCCACGCGGACGACGCGACCUGCCUCAUCGUGAUGGAGUUCGCGCAGUGCGCCCCGUGCGUCAACCCGUUCCUGCUUCUGCGCGGGGAGCUGAGCCGCCACCUGCUGCGGCACGCGGGGGCGCAGGCCCCACCGCCGUCGCAGGGCCCGGUGGCGAACCACGUUGUCAUGACGUGGCACAAGGCGCCCGACGCCGCCGUGGGGUCAACUGCAAAACGGCGACUCGUACGGGACGGGCCCCACUUCCCUGCCGGGGCGAAUGCUGCCGCUGCGGGGGCCGGUGACGUCAAGGAGGCGAGGAACGGCAUUCCCGAGGCGGUGUGGUCGCUCCUCCGGCCUGAAAAACCGCCCACCGCGGACGGUGGUGUCGUCACCGUCUUGGACCUCUGGUGGGGCUACUAUCAACGCUACCUCCUGCACAAGACGGAGCCGGCGGAGGGUCGCAUCAAAGACCCCUACCUCACCUUUGCACAAAAGGCGACGGCGGUGCAGGAGGUCCGGCGGGCGCUCAAGCUAAGCCAAGCCGGGGGCGCUGGCGGCGCGCAUGAGGCAAUGACGGUCGUGCAGCGCCUCAUUUGCGACGAUGUGUACCACAGUGUCUGCAGCUAUCUCUGCGUGAAGCUGCGCUUUCGCAAUGACCCAAGUUGGGCAAGUCUAGUUCGUGAUGUGGUCGAGGCUGGCGGUACCGUCGCAAAGGGCGUUUACAAGGCGGAGGCGGAACCCAAAAGCGGCGGCAGGCAGGAGGAAGACGGCGAUGUCGCGGAGGCGGAGGCAGAAGAGGCAACCAAGGCGCUACUGCGGCUACCCAUCCUGCAAGCCGCAGCGAACCUGAUUGAGAACGUUCGCUUUCUCCACCAUGUGCGGUGUGGGGAAAUAACGGCGGACAACAAGCCGGGCAGAUCGAAGGAGGAGGCGGACGCCGCCUGGAUGAACUACCCGACCAGCGCCCGCCAGGAGGAGAGGAGCCUCUACACGGAGGUGCUGACCACCCUGGACGGCUUCUCCCCCACCGGGGCGGCCGCCACCCUAAUGGCCGUGUGUGAGGACCCCCACACCUUCCGCCACGUGGAAGGCCACGUUGGGUGGUGCGAAUUGCAUGGAAAGAAGCAAUCCACUUGGUGGGUGACGUGUCAGGUGAUGCUGGUGUUGGCGCUGAUAUUUUUGCUUGUGGGCGGCGUCAUACACCUUGCAACGACGUGGUUGGGUGUCAGCGGGGUGGCUGACGACAACCCCCACGCGCCGGUGUCGUCCAGUUUUGGCGCUGGCGGCGCUAUUGGUGCGAAUGUGAACAUCCGUCUUGCGGAGCUGUGA